AUGAUUUUGGUGCCAUUGAUAGGAAUUUGUGCCCUUAUUGCGGGCAGAGUAGAUGCUAUCAGGGGAGUCGAACCCACUCGUCUUCACUUGUACGAACCAAGUGUGGAAAAUAACGAGAAAUAUUGGCAUUGUCUCAAUCAUCCUGAAAUCAAGUUGAGAUUCGAUCAGGUUAAUGACGACUUUUGCGACUGUCCUGAUGGGUCCGACGAGCCAGGAACAAACGCGUGUCCCUACAAUGGCUCCAGCAAGUUUUACUGUGCAAACAAUGGUUUUAUACCGGGAUAUCUCGAGUCGUUUAAGCUCAAUGAUGGAGUGUGCGACUAUGAUAUUUGCUGUGAUGGGUCCGAUGAAGCUGAAGGUGUUUGUCCCGACAAGUGCCAUGAGAUAGCACAGCAGUUUCGGAAAUUUAGCGACGAGGCUAAUAACGACAUGAAAAUUCUGUUGAAAAUAAAGCAAAAAUUGCAGCUAGCAGUGCAAAAGAAGGUUGACGAUAUCACGAAAAAGUUGCAAAUUUUAAAGGAUGAGUUAAAAAAACGCCAGCAGAGAGCCCAGGAGUCACCAGAAUCAGCUACAGACGGUUUCACGCUGUCUUUAAAAGAAUUGGCACAACAAAUCAAACUCACCAAUUCUGCCAUCGAGAAACAAAAAAGCACAAUUCGCUCUUUAGAAAAGAUUCUCAGCACAAUGAUGGAUAACUAUAACCCCAACUUUAACGAUCUUGCUGUUAAGGAUGCAAUCAAAUCGUUUCAGGAUUAUGCUUCCAAUAAGGAGGACGUUCAAGUCGGCAAUCUCGAGUCAAAAUUGCAACUGGUUUCGCAAGAAGCACAAGCUUUCAGCAGCCCACAAAAGUUAGGAGUAUUCUCCCAUUAUAUUAACAAAGCAAAAGACUAUUUCAAGCUGGAACCGGUAAUUCUUGAAAUGGAAGACGAUGAAGACAUUACAGCCAUUAAGCAAGAUAUAAGCAUCUACGAAGAACAGUUGAACCGAAACUACGGUCCAGAUGACAUUUUGCGUGCUAUCGAAGGAACAUGGGUGUCUGAAUCACUCAAUGGAUAUACCUACAAAGUUGGGUUGUUGGCAUCGAUAUACCAGGAAGAUAUUCACAUUGGUUCGUAUAAAGCUGCCGAAGGUACGAAACUUAUAUAUAAAGAUGGCAGUAAAUGCUGGAAUGGACCACGCCGAAGUGCAAUUGUCGAGUUGGUUUGUGGGCCCCAAAACAGGCUUCUUUCCGUUGCUGAACCAGAAAAGUGUGCUUACACUUUUGAAGUUAUGACCCCGGUGGUCUGCGACUCUCUCACCCACGAAGAUUUGCUUGCAAAUUUCCACAUAGAUUACGAUAGUUUAUAA